AAGCCGGAGCAGGUCAAGCUGCGGCUGCCCAUCUCUGAGACCCUGUUCCAAAUGAACAGAGACCAGCUACAGAAGCUGGUACAGUACCUCAUCACAGCACACCACACAGAGGUGCUGCCCACCGCCCAGAAACUGGCCGACGAGAUCCUCUCGUCCAACUCUGAGAUCAACCAGGUCCAUGGUAAGAAAGACACACAACACCAAUACAUCAGUUGUCCCCAUGUUCACAUAAAGUCUACAUUUGGUGAAUAAUUGAUUCACGUUUAUCACAGGAGAUUAGACAGAACAACAAGGUUUUAGUCUUUACCUGCCACAAGAUGGCCACAUAUUGUGCUUUACCCAGAGCCUCUGCUAGUCCCUUACACUCCUUAGUUUCUACCCCAAUCUUCCUCUGGUGGGCUUGAAGAGCAAGGUGUGAUGUCUGGCAGAGUCCUGACAGAGUACUGAUUGUGGUACCAAAGCAGCAGACAGGCCUCUGAGGCAUCAAACAACUCGUUUGAUGCCUGAGUCUCCCAGCCUGCUGGUGCUUUGCAUUUCUAAAAGUAAAAAAAAAACAAGGAGAAGGAAGUAAAAGAAGAAAGUCAGAUGUCAGCGUGCUAACAUUCCUAACUGCUCUAGCUCAGCACCAGAGCAGGCAUGAAAAGCCCCCAGUUAUCCCUCUAGUCUGGAAAACAGAGGGUUUGUCUUAAAUGGCACCAGGGUGCCAUUUGGGACGAAUACAGGGGAACUCUGCAGCCUGCUAUCUCUCCACAUCACUAUCUAAAUAUUUAUCCACCCCAGCCUCUUAACAAGGAAGUCCAUCGCCCAGUUUCCUGGUGUUGUUUGCUGUCGGUGGGUUGAAGUGGGAGCCCCCUUGACAAUGAAGAAGGAGGAUUUGAUUGAGGGUUUGAUUGUGGAAUGUGAAUGUUCGGAUGCAACAUUGACUUGGCAGGACUUCAGUUGGUUCUACUGGGCUGAUCAAACGGGUGCUACCUAUAGGACGCCUACCUAGGUUUACAUACCUAGGGGUCACACAGUGUUUCAGUUUUUUAGGUGUUUGCUUAAUUAGAAAAAUAUUCAACUAACAAACUUUGUCUUAUAUGAGGUUAGAUUUGAGGUGAUUAUUGUUAUAAGGCAUGUUUUGGGGCCUGUUAGCUUUAGUUGUGGUUUUAAUUAAUCCUUGGUCUGACAUUCUCUUUCUGUUUGUGUUCCCAGGGGCCCCGGACCCCACGGCAGGGGCCAGCAUCGAUGACGACAACUGCUGGCACCUGGACGAGGAGCAGGUCAGGGAGCAGGUCAAACUGUUCCUGUCUCAGGGAGGGUACUACGGCUCCGGGAAGCAGCUCAACUCCAUGUUCGCCAAGGUACGUCUGUCUGUCUGUCUGUCUGCAUGAAUAUUCAGUAUCAAAAUCUAUCCCGGAUGACUUGCUGUGUAUUUAAUGAAUGUUUUCUGUAGGUGCGGGAGAUGCUGCGGAUGCGUGACUCUAACGGUGCCAGGAUGUUGACCCUGAUCACGGAACAGUUCAUGGCCGACCCUCGCCUCUCUCUGUGGAGGCAGCAGGGGACUGGCAUGACGGACAAGUGUCGGCAGCUAUGGGACGAACUGGGUAAGUCCCUCUCACAUCCUUAAAUGUACAGUGUAGAGCUCCAAUUCACACAGAACACAGUUCUAGAUGAUUAUUAGCGCCUAUGUUCUGUAUUAUAAUGUAUUGUAGAAGGCUAUCAAUGCAUACAUAAUGCAUUAUGAAGAGGGUAUUCAUAGGAAGUGUAACUGACCAACUGUCUCAUUGCUGCUUGGAUGUUAUUGAAUUGCGUCAGUUGAAAACCAUAUGCCCUUGUCCAAAGCACUGUGUCGUUCGCAGUUGGUUAGUUGGUUAGCUAGCAGCUAGUCAAGGUACAUCUGAAAAACCUUUCUGCUCAAAGAGCAAUCCCAAAUGGAAUGUGACCUCACCACUUCGGUCAGCACAGCUAUGCAACUGUUUCCUAACUGGAAAGCCACCAUGAUACACGUGAUGUGAGAUAUCGCUCUCGCCCCAUGCAUGCGGCCAUAGGAGUGGAUCAAUCAGUGGUGGAGUCAGUCUGUGAUUGUGCAGCAGUCCAGCAGUGCAUACAUCAGGGUCAAGCACUCACCUCUAUUGGGAUUGCAUGAAAAAGGGCCGGGAUCAAUGGGGUUUUCAACCUCCCCAGUAUUGAUCGGAGCAUUUAAAGGGGUCGAUGACUGCAGAUCCUGAGGAGGUUCAUUGGAGAGCAACAGCAGAGAGAAGUUUGCUGUGCCUCUCUCCCUCCUCAGGGACACACAACAGAACAGCAGAACCCUGGCUCAGGGGUAAUGUUUAGUUACUGGGGAGCGACAGGACAGGGCUCUCUGAUUGGCUAGGACUGCCACAGGAUGAUCACCAAAGCGGCCAAUCAAAGGUAUUAUUGUUGGGGGGGGGUUUAAAGCGACCGUGCUGCACUCUAAUACGCUGUUAGUACCAGAAACUGUCCGUGUGGUCAGGAAUGAGUACCCUAACAAAGUGCUCUGAAACUAGGGUUUAAAGGGUAGCAAGAAGGAGGGGGUGAAUACUGGUAAUUAGUUACCUUUCGAUAGGAAGGGACGUGAGGGGUAAACUAGUUCAGUUCCCUUUCCUGAGUCUAUACUACUAAGGAUCUGUCUAACAUCCCAGUGCCUUUGUUUUAAAGAUGUGACUUUAAUACAGUCCAACCCGGACCACAACAUACACUGUUAAUUUUUAUGACCCAUUCACAAUAUUACCAUAGAAGGACAUGAUCUUUCUAUGGACCCUCACUCCUCUAUACCGAAAUAGUCUAACAUUAUUGGAUAUUCCACCCAUUGACCUUUACCCCCUGACCUUUGUCCUUCCCCAGGUGCCCUGUGGGUGUGCAUCGUGCUGAACCCGCACUGUAAGAGCGAGGAGAAGAGCGGCUGGCUGAAGCAGCUGAAGAAGUGGGGCGACAUGGACAUCUGUCCCCUGGAGGACGGCAACUACGGCAGUGAGUUGCCCAACAUUACCAACGCUCUACCACAGAGCAACCUCGCCCAGGGUCAGUCGCAGUCUGCAGUCACAUACAUAUAGAAUACACAUGUAUACAAUACAUAUAUAUACACACACACACACUGUCACUGGAAAGCAUUUUAUUUCCCAAACCAUGAUUCUGAUACAGUGGUGAAGGUUGACUGUAGUUAUCGUUGUAAUCCUGUGUAUAUUGUACUCAAAGUACUCAUCAAUAGAUCUCCAUUGCUGAGUGUUACUAUACAGUAUGGACUGAGGUCUAACUUGCCCCCUCCGUCCCUCUCUGUGUGUCCCCCUCCAGACUCCCUGGCCCGGCCCAGACGGACAGUGUUCACGCGGGCCAUGGAGGCCUGUGAUCUCCACUGGCAGGACAGCCACCUGCAGAGGAUCAUCAGCUGUGACUACUACAUGUCCCCAGCCUACCAGAGAGAGGGAGAGAGUCUUCUCUUCAACCCCCAGGGCCUGCCUCUAUGGCUAGGUGAGAAUUACACAACAUGUUCAAGAUUUUAUCUGGCCUGUUCAGUACACACUCUCAGCGCUAGAUGUUAAAUGUUAUAUUAAUUCAAGAUGGUAUCGGAAGGCCAUCUCAGUAUAUUUAUUAACACCAUAUACACAGAUACAGACUCACUCACACUGGCCCAGCUCCUGGCAGGAGUUAAAGCCAUGAUAGUGGUGUGUUUUCCUAUCCGUAACACCACCACUUUUUGUGUCAUAAGCCUCCUUUAAUUCCACUUCCACUGAAUCCUGGAGCUGGAGUAAGCAGCUUCUGGGGGAAGAUUUUUCCACAUUCUGCAACUUAAGCCUGGGUAGUGGGAGUGGGUUUCUUCUGCUGUGGCUGCCUGCCAGCCUGCCUGGGCGUUGUGUUGCUUAUGCUGAGCCCCUGUCAUGUGAUUUGUGCCGUAGAUCACGUCCCCACGGCGUGCGCGCGGGUCGAUGCCCUGCGUUCCCAUGGUUACCCCCGCGAGGCGCUGCGGUUGGGCGUGGCCAUCAUCAACACCCUCCGGCUGCAGCAGCACCGCCAGCUGGACAUCUACAAGCACCAGAAGAAAGGUAGCGCCCCCUGUCUGCCUGGAGACAGUUCACUGUUCUCACUAGUAGGGCCCAGAGUUUUUCCUGGUUAUAUGACCUGAUGAGGGAAAAACUCUAAACCCUACAUAACAGAAUGAAUGCAUUUGAUUUUAUAGUACAAUGUACGGUAUGUGGGUGUUUGAUCUUGUUGUAACCCUGUUGUGUUCCUGUGUGUGUCAGAGCUGCUCCAGAGGGGGAUGACCAGCACUACUAACCUGGAGGGCUGGGUGGGACACCCUCUAGAUCCCAUCGGCUGUCUGUUCGCCACCCUCACUGAGACCUGCCGGGUGGAGGACGACAACGCUAUGGACACUGGAGGUAUGCAUCUGGCCAAGCCCUGCCUAGGCAACAUUUACAGUCCAUGUCAAUCAAACUGGUCAAAAUGGGUUCAGUCCAGCAACCAUAACUGAUCAAGACCAUCCCCUGGUAAAGUCACCCAUAUAGUACAGUCCCAUACAAUUUUGGCCCAGGCAGAGGCCAAGGCAACUGGCACCCAUUUUUUAUUUUUUUCAAUCUCAUGUUGUCCCAAAACGAAUGAAGGCCAUCAGAUGGUAAAGUCACCCAUCCAAUCCAGUCCUGGUCUAUCCAACCCCCCCCCCCCCCCCCCCCCUCUGUAAACAGCCUGAGAUGAAAGGCUAUGCCGCAGAAAGGUCAUCCAGCCCCAGCCCACACAGUGGUGGAACAUAGAUAAAAUCAAUCACCAUUUGCAUUCCAUACGUCCUUUAGCCCAGCCAAACAGAGAGCAGGAAUUUGGUACCGCCUAUUCUGACAAACCUACAGGGAGGCAUUGUGUGCCGGAACAAUACUGGCGAUUGGUACGGUGAGAGGGCUAGAGAGAAAGAGAGAGAGAGGGAGCGAUGGAGUGUGUGGCUUAUAGCUUAUAGGGUCAUCCUCACAGUCCUUUGUUUGACUGGAAACAGCUGGAAACAUCUGGUAUGGGGGCAGGGCCUAACUUGAAUUCUGACCAAUCAGGGGUCUUUACACUUCAGACCCAACAACAGCAGCUGCAGCUGGCCAGAAGAGCCAGAGCCAUAACAGUGGAAAGAGGAAAACAUGGAGGCUAUCGUGGUUACAGUAUGAGAACUAGCCCGGGCAGCAAAGGGAUUCCACAUGGUUAAAUCCACCUUGGAAGUGAUCUCACACGACACAUGCCAAAAAGCCUAGAAGCCCAAGGCUUACUUCCAAUGGACGUUCCAUUGGAGAAUAGAUGUUGUUUUGAUCUAGCGGCAUGAUUGGAGAAUCCCUGAUAUCCCCCCUCCUCCCUCCUCCCCCUGUAAUAAACAGGAUUGUUGGAGGGAGGGAUAAUUUGCCAGGGGGAUUUAAGUGUGAGCCGCCCGUGGGUUGGGUCUGAGUCCUUGUCAGCAGAUGUUACUGUUUUUCUGGGACCUCAGGGACACCUCUCUCUCUCUGGUGCUGCCUGGCAUCCACAGCUGCCCGGGUGGGAGACGGGGAGCUAGAGAGAGAGGCUCCUGUCUGUGUCAGCUGCUCUCCACACCCAGCACCUUUCAGGCAAAAAAACACACAUAAAAACUAGGCGGCCAUUUUGGAUUAGUGUUAGCACCUAGCAGUGUCUCAAAAUCCUGCUAGAUCGUCAUUGCAAAUGAGAAAUUGGUUUGAAUUGACUAAACCGUUUGAAUAAAGGUUUAAUAAAGUAGAACGAAGUCUCACUUCCAUGACCAUCCCUGUAAACUAAAAACCUCUCUUCGUCAGACUCUGGAGAGCCCAAGCCGCCGGUGUACCACCACGUCCCCGUGUGGGGUUGCCCAGACGGCGGGGAGUCCUACCUGGCGCUGGCCCUGGAGGUGGCGCUGAUGGGCAUGGGGCAGCAGAGGGUGAUGCCCGAGGGCCUCUACGCCCAGGACAAGGUGUGUCGUAAUGAGGAGCAGAUCGUGGCCAAGCUGCAGGAGAUGGAGCUGGAUGAUCUUCUGGUCCAGACGCUGAGGAAACAGGCUAUCCUCCUACUGGAAGGUAUGAAGACUAGUUUCAUUCUACUAUUGUCCUCUGCUCAUCUCAGUUCAUCCUCUAUCUCUUCUCUGUUCCCUUCAAUCUCCCUCUCUCUUUGCCUCACUGAUCCUCCCUCGCUCUCCCGUUCUAUUCUUUCACCCUCUCUCUAUCUGCCCUGCUUGCUGCCUCACUCUGUUUUUCCCUCCCUCUCCUUCUGCAUUUCCCUCCCUUCCUCUAUUUCCCUCUCACUCUAUCUCUUUAGCGCUCCCAUCCCAUCCCUCUCUCCCACCUGGCUCCCCUCCACUGAUCCUGCCUCGCAACACACAGCUGAAAAUGGAUCUCAACCCUGGCCUUUCCCACCAUGUCUAUCACCCUUCCUUCCUUUUCAUUCCCCUUCCCCAUGCUAGCUAUGCUAUAGCCCACCCCCAUCUUGGGCUUUGGGGAAUGUUAGCUGUGUAACCCUAGAGAAGACAUCUGUCUCGCUGCUAGGGACAAGAUAUUUGGUUAAAGCCCAAUGGGCAGUGAGUGUAUGGUUUCCGGUUUGCUCUCUGUCGCCCCCAUCAGGUUGAGAGAGGUAUAACCUCAUAUUGCUGUUAUUCCCUGCUCUAUUUUGAGCCAUGGUUUGUUUAUACUGGUAUACUUUGACUAUUCACCAAGAAACGGAGCCAAAUCAGAAAGGGAAGAUUCCCUGUUGCUGUGUGUGUAUGUAGCUGGACAAUUCUGAUGUAUUGUGUUUGUCUGUCUGUCUGUCCGUCUGUCUCUGUUCAGGAGGUCCCUUCAGUGGCCUUGGUGAUGUCAUCCACAGGGAGAGUGUUCCCAUGCACACCUUUGCCAAGUACCUGUUCUCAGCCCUGCUUCCCCACGACGCUGACCUGGCCUACAAACUAGCAUUGAAGGCCAUGAGGUGAGAUCCCACAACCUACAUUUAUUUCCCACCCUGUUCAGUCUCACUGCUCUGUUUCAAGCAUCUGUAUGUAUUUCGAUGGCUCAAAACCUUCUAGCGUGUAUUCCAAAAACAGAACAUAUGAAUCCUGAAUGUUGAAGGUGUACUGUAAGUUGUUAAAUAAUAUUGAAUUGAAUAUAAUUUUACAACUCAUUUUUCAACAUUCAGGAUUUUAUCACAUGUUAUGAUCAAAAUAGUGAUCCUCCUAUCUUGCUGCAACAGUGUGUGUCUGAGAAGAGGCUCUACUUGCAUUGCAGAGUCAUUAUCCCACUGAGACUCCUCAGCGUCCCGGCUAAUACACAAUCAAUAACAGGGCUUAGAGCUGCACACACAUGCUCACACACGGUGCAUAUGUAGACUUCGUGAGCAGAGAACUCUAAUGCAGCUAUACAGACUUGAGAUUGGAUGAGCCAGCAUUAAUCUGACGAUGAUACCUAUAAUAAUGCUGUAGACCAGGGAUGGGCUACUUUGAUGGGGUGGGGGCCAUAACAAAAUCUGAACUCAUCAUCAAGGGCUGCAGUGGCUCGCUGGUCUGCGUACCCACAUCCAUACCCAUCCAGCCCUAGCCUUUUGGGGGCCCUAAGGGAAAUGUUGUUGAUUACUACAAGCAGAUAGCUGGCUAGACUAACUUAUCCAAUCUAAAAAAUGCUAGCUGACAUGGGCUAAUUGAGUGACUGACAUAACAAGAGAAAAACUGCUGAUGCACAACCAAAUUGUGUAUUAUACUAUUCUAACUCAACAGUAAGUUGACUUGUAAAAAAAACUCAGUCGGGUUUGAUCCGUGGGCCUACGAAAGGGGCGCAGGCCGCCAGUUGCCCAUCCCUGCUGUAGGAAAUGCACAUGCUUUAUUAGGCUUGGAAGCCUUUUUCAGUUCAAUUUUGAGUAGGAAACUUUUUCUUAGUAGUCAUAACUCCUCUAAUCACUGUCUCGCUCUCUCUCCUUCUCUCUCUCUCUGUCUUUCUUUCUCUCUGUGUGUGUACCCUCUAGGCUCCCUGUGUUAGAGUCGAUGGCACCCUCGGGAGACUUGGGUCACCCCCACCAUGGCAUCAGCAUCGUGCCCAGCCGCUACCCACGCUGGUUCACCCUGGGCCACCUGGAGUCUCAGCAGUGUGAACUGGCCUCCACCAUGCUCACCGCAGCCAAAGGUCAGCUGAGCUCUACUUACAUACACUCAGACACACCCCAUCAGCCAAAAUACACAACCACACCACUAUCAGAUAAACGCUCCUAUGCCCAUGUCCACCGCUACAGAACACCACAUACAAACUGUAGGAUGAGAAAUGUUGUUUUUGAAUCUAAUGCUGUGUUGUUUGUACCUCCAGGAGAUAUGUUGAGAUUGCGGACGGUGCUGGAGGCCAUCCAGAAGAAUAUCCACUCCUCCUCCCUCAUCUUCAAACUGGCCCAGGAUGCUUUCAAGAUCGCCACUCCGGCUGACAACCCCCCAGAUAUCACCCUGCUCAAUGUAUCUCUGGAGCUGGGCUUGCAGGUACUGAGGGAUAGCUAGUAGGGUAUGUGUGUGUGUGUGUGCGCGCGCUUGUGCUGGUGGGUGGGUAUUGAAUUGCUUUGCACUCAGGCCUCAAUGUCUCUCUCUCGCUCUCUCUCUCUGCAGGUGAUGAGGAUGACCCUCUCCACUCUGAACUGGAGACGCAGGGAGAUGGUGCGCUGGCUGGUCACCUGUGCCACAGAGGUGGGUCUGCGAGCGCUGGUGAGCAUCCUCCAGAGCUGGUACACCCUGUUCACCCCCACCGAGGCCACAAGCAUCGUAGCAGCCACCGUCAUGUCCCACAACACCAUCCUGCGCCUCAGCCUGGACUACCCCCAGAGAGAGGAGCUGGCUAGCUGCGCCCGGACCCUGGCCCUGCAGUGUGCCAUGAAGGACCCCCAGAAUUGUGCCCUCUCGGCCCUCACGCUCUGCGAGAAGGACCACAUCGCCUUCGAGACGGCCUACCAGAUUGUCAUCGACGCAGCCUCCACGGGCAUGACCUACUCUCAGCUGUUCACCAUCGCCCGCUACAUGGAGCACCGUGGCUACCCGCUCCGAGCCUUCAAGCUGGCCUCGCUGGCCAUGACCCACCUCAACCUGGCCUACAACCAGGACACCCACCCGGCCAUCAACGACGUGCUCUGGGCCUGCGCCCUGUCCCACUCGCUGGGCAAGAACGAGCUGGCCGCCAUCAUCCCCCUGGUGGUGAAGAGCGUGCACUGCGCCACCGUGCUUUCGGACAUCCUGCGCCGCUGCACCAUGACGGCCCCGGGCCUGGCCGGUAUCCCCGGGCGACGGAACUCUGGGAAGCUCAUGUCCACGGACAAGGCUCCGCUCCGGCAGCUGCUGGACGCCACCAUCAGCGCCUACAUCAACACUACCCACUCCCGGCUCACUCACAUCAGCCCCAGGCACUACGGAGAGUUCAUAGAGUUCCUUAGUAAGGCCAGAGAGACCUUUCUACUGGCCCAGGAUGGACACAUCCAGUUUGCCCAGUUUAUAGACAACCUUAAACAGAUCUACAAGGGCAAGAAGAAACUCAUGAUGUUGGUACGGGAACGCUUCGGCUGA